AUGAAAUGCGCAGAGGAGAAAACAGAGGGGGGUAUCCUUGCCUUGAAAUCCGAAGAGGAAAGCUGCGCCGGGGAUCCAAACGCUGUAAAUCCAGAAGUAAUGCAUGUUUGUCCUGUUUGUCAGCUGCAGCGGCGCCUCCAAUCUCCGAAACUCUUGGUGUCUCCUCUUGACGGGAACGGACGUCCAACCGGUGUCGCCUUGGCCUCGUGGCACGGUCUUCGUGAUAAACACAGUCUAAAAGUGGAACCAGCAAAGCACCCGAGCCGCGACGCGCAAGUACGAAGGAGGCGCUGCGUGGAGAGGAUGGAUGGAAGAGACGCGUUUGGACAGCGUGCGUCUUCUGUCCAAUAG